AUCAGCCUCUCUCAACAUCACUACGUCAACCAUGAAAGUUAUUCUCGCGAUUAACGCCGGCUCCAGUUCGGUCAAGAUAUCGGUCUAUACUGCAGAUAAGAAUGCAGAGCCUCGCCAAAUCGCCGAAGCAUCAGUUGGCGGUCUAACCGCACCGCCAGCAACUCUUGCGUAUUCCCGUGGCAGCGAAAAAGUGCUAAAGGCCAAGGAGGUUUCUGAAAGCGUCAAGACCCAGGGUGACGCUUUUGACCUCAUUCUGAAGACCUUCAUCAAUGAUAGUGAGCUGAAAGAGAUCUCUUCAAAGGAAGAUAUCGCUAUCGCUAGUCACCGUAUCGUUCAUGGCGGCGACUACGACCGGUCUCAAGUCAUCACUCAAGAUACUUAUCAUCAUCUUGAAGAACUCAGCGAUUUAGCACCGCUGCACAAUGGUGUGGCCUUGAGUAUCGUCGAUACAUGCAUCAGUGCUCUUCCCAGCACGGUCAACGUCGCCUGCUUCGACUCGCAAUUCCACCAGACUCUACCUCCACAUAUUUAUACAUAUCCCAUUGAUCCUAAGAUUGCAAAGAGCAACCGCCUGCGCAAGUAUGGGUUUCACGGUAUUAGCUACGCCUUCAUUACCCGUUCUGUCGCCAACUAUCUUCAGAAAGAUGUCAGCAGCUUAAACAUGAUCGCUCUGCACCUUGGUAGCGGUGCCAGUGCGUGCGCCAUUAAGGGCGGCAAGAGCUGGGAUACGAGCAUGGGGCUUACGCCUUUGGCGGGCCUUCCUGGCGCCACUCGAAGUGGCAGUGUUGAUCCAAGGUAA